AUGUAAUAUCCAUUUUCUGUGUCUGAAUUUCCAACCAACAGUACAUCAAUAAUCUCAUGGAUUGGCUCUGAAAACUUCAAGUAAAUCAUAUUCAUUAUAGAAGCUAGAAUAUUAAAUAAGAACAAAUAUUUUCUUUAUAUUAAUACUGUCAAUAAAUACAUUGGGGAAUAAAACGUAUUUAUUCAAAACAUAUAUUCUCUUUAAUAAAUUUUCUAUAGAAUUAUACCAAAUUUCAUUAGAGUAAAUAUGGAGAAUAAAGAUAUUUUAUAUUAAUUAAAAUAAAUCAAAUUUAUGAAUAAAGAUUAAUCAGAAAAAUUAUGCCUUACGCAUAAUGAAGAAAUUAUAGCAUUAGAUAAAGAACAAUAGGAUAAGAAGAAAAGAGGAUUAUGUUAAUAAUGUUGGUAAUGCCUAUCAUAGGAAAGAAGAGUUUAGGUUGUAUUAAUUAAAGAUUCUCUAAAACAAAUAGAUGAAUACAAAAAAAUAAUUAAGACAGAUAGAGAAAAUCAUUUAGAAUUAAACAUUAAAGUUUUGAAUAGUCUUAUAGAGGAGUUGGGAUAGGUAAAAGAUAAAUAUUUGUAAAUGUUUGAAUUGAUAACAGUUAGUAUUAGAAAAUUGAUAGAAUAAUUAUAAAUUUAAGAAUAAUCCUUAAUUAAUAAGGUUGAUAGCAUCAACACUAUUGAUAUUUAUAAUUUUUAUGAAUAAGCUAAAGAAGAAUUUAAAUCCAAAUCAUUAUGUUUUGAUGAUAUUAAAAAUGAUAUUCAGUGUAAGCUAAUAGAAAUGACAGAAACACAAAAAAUAUCAAAAUGCAUAGAUAUUCUAUAAAAUUUUAACAAAAUUAAAACAAUAUUUGAAGAAUAGUUUCCAAAUAAGGAUUAGGAUGAAAUAAAUUAACAUGUAAACUAUAAUAUAUUUCUAUAGAACUUAGACAUCACAUGUGAUGAGCAUAAAGAAAAAAUUAUUUUGGUAGAUUUAAAUAAAGAUAGAGCAAAUUAAAAAAGAAUUGCUUGUCUAUUGUGUGUUGAUAAUUAUAGUAGUCAAUACAAAUCAAUAAAAUAUGUGUAAUAGGAAUGGAAUUAUAUUGAAUAAAUAAGAAAGGAAAAUAUGAAUUAAAAUGCCUCAUUUUUGAAAAAUAAAGGAGAGAAAUUUCAAGAAAUCUUUAAUAAAAUGAAAUAAGAUAGUUAAAUAAUUAUAGAAAAAGCACAAAAAUAGAUUAAUACAAAUAUUAAUUAAUUUUUUUAAGAAUACAAAAUAUAACAAAAAAAAGUUGGACAAAGUUGGUCAAAGUUGAGUAAGGAAUAACUUAUUCAUAUAGCUAACCAAUUAAGUUAAAAUGAUGAUUGUUAAUUGACAGAAGAUCUAUUAUAAAGUGAAUUUAAAACAAAAGAUAGCUUAAUUGAUGAAAUUGUUAAAGAAACAAUCUAAAUUUUAUAAGAGGCUUAAGUUAUUGCAAUAGAUUAAACUUUAAAAUUAUUGAGAAAUUUGUAAAAUGAAUAAAAAAAUUUAAUAAAAGACACAAAAUAACUAGGUAUGGAAAGUUAAAAAUAAAUUAAAUUAAAUUGUAAUUCUUCAUAAAUGAAAUUCGAUAUAAGUCCAAUAAAUUAUGGAAUUAUUUUACAAUUUUAACUUGAAUAUCGUUUUUGUUAUUCAAUAGCAAUUAAUAAUGAUUUAUCAUUAGUAUUAGUUGGUUAAGGUAGAUUUAUAUAUAUAUAUGAAUUAAAACCUAAAGAAUUAAAAAAGAUCAAAUGUAUUGGUAAACAUAAAAAUGAUGUAAAUUGUUUAAAUUUUAUGACACUAUCAAACUCAUUUAUAUCUGGAAGCAGAGAUAAGAAAAUCAAAAUUUGGAAAUAAUAUAAGGAUGAUUAAUGGAAAUGUGAACAGAUUUUAGUAGGACACACAGAAUCAAUAGUUUGCUUGUUGAUAAAUAAUAAAGAUUAAAUGAUAAUAUCAGGAAGUUUAGAUAAGACAAUUAAAUUUUGGCAAUACACAGAAAAAUGGUUAUGUAUUUAGACUAUAACACAUCACAGUGGUGCAGUAUAUGGUAUGUGUUUAAAUGAGUAAUAAAAUAAAUUAAUUUCAUGUGGACGUGAUAAAAAGAUUUUAAUUAUCUAAUAAGAGAAUAAUGAAUGGACUGUUAAAUAAAUUAUUGAAGUUGAAAUUUGUGGUUUGAGGAUCUGUUUUAUUAAUGAUACAUUCACUUUCUAACCCUUCAAUCAUCCUGAAAUGCAUAUUUAUGAAUUCAUAGAUAAUUAAUACAAAAAAACUAAACAAAUAUCGAUAAAAAAUGGAUCAGGCUGUGAUAUUCUGUUUCCUUAAAAAUUUAUAAAAUAAAAACAGUUGCUGAUUAAUAAGAAUGGUUCAUAUAUUCAUUUUAUAAGAGUUUAUCCUAAUUCUGAGUUCAUAGUGGAAUAAUCUAUUGAUUUAAAAACAGAAUUUAUUUAUGGAACUAUAAGCAAUGAUGGGAAAUACAUAUUUAGUUGGGAUAUUAAAUAAUAUCAAUUAUAAAUCUGGUCAUAAUGA